AUGUCCGGUGUUUGGAUAUUUGACAAGAACGGAGUGGCUCGCCUGAUAACAAAUCCUACAAGAGAGUCUUUCGAGCAGAAAGAGCCACUCCAUCCAGGCACAGCCACGGCUCCUGGGGCUAGACCCAGGGUCCUUGUCUAUCUCCCAGCAAACCAUGUGAUCCGUUCCUACACCGAACUCGAGCAGCGACUAGCAGAACUUGGCUGGACUCGCUACUAUAACUCCAACCAGCCCAACCUUCUGCAAUUUCACAAGUCUGACAACUCGGCCCAUCUCAUUUCUCUUCCUCGAGAUUUCGAUAGCUUCAAACCUCUCCACAUGUAUGAUAUUGUCGUGAAGAAUCGAUCUUUCUUUGAAGUUCGAGAUCCUGCAGCGAGUUAA